AUGGGGCUUGUCGCCAUUGUGCGACAGCAUGUGGUGCUGCAGCUGGGUUUCGUCACUGUAGCCUUUGCGGCAGCUGGUGCAGCGGAAGGGCUUUUCCUGGUGCAGCUUCUGAUGUGUUCUCAUGUUCUGCAGGAAGGCAAACUCCUUCCCACACUCGGGGCAUUUGUAUGGCUUCUUGCCCGUGUGGAUGAUGAUAUGUUGCUGCAGGUAGCUGCUGAAUCUAAAACCCUUGCCGCACACUUUGCACUGGUUGGCUGGAACACAGAAGGUCUGGGGACACAGGGGGCAGUGGAAUAUCCGCUUGGUUUCCUCAUUCUGGCUGGUGUUCUCUUUCUCCUGGGCGGACACUGGGGCCGGUUUGCUGGACGCAUCGCUGAGGGGGGCGGUUCCCUUCAGCCUGUGCUGGCGGCAGUGCGCCUUCAUGUUCUGUGCAAAAGCGAAGGUUUUGCUGCACUCGGGGCAGCGGAAGGGCUUCUGCCCCGUGUGCAGGUACUGGUGUUGGUGGAGGAGGCUGCUGUACUUGAAAGCCUUCCCGCAGGUGUUGCAGAGGUGGGGGCGCCCGCUGUCUGUGUGCCUGCGGCGGUGGUCCUCCAUGACGGAGUAGUGCUUGAAAACCAUGCCGCACUCCGGGCACUCGUAGGGUUUGAGAGCCGCGUGGCAUCUCUGGUGGAGGCGCAGGGCCAUGGCGUUGGGGAAGGCUUGGCUGCACUCCUGGCAGGUGAAGGCGCUCUCCCGGGAAUGUGUCAUCAUGUGCUUGGUGACCGACACCUUGAACUGGAAGUCCUGGCGGCAGAGGGGGCAGUGGUAAGGCUUUUCCGCAGCACCGCUGCAGCUGUGGUCCCUCAGCCUGCCCACGGCGGAGAAGGUCCGCUGGCAUUCUGCGCACUGGAACCCGCCCUCCUCCGCCUGCGGCUCCUUCUUCAGAGUCAAAGGCCGCUCCUCCCUGGAUUUGUGUUCAUUCCUGUGUUUGAUGAGGCUGCUGCGGUGCUGGAAAGUAAGGCCGCACUCCUUGCAGGUGAGGGGUGUGAGCUCGUCCUCGUGCGCGUGGAAGUGGCGGUGGAGGUUGAAGGUCUCGCGCCGGUUGAACCUCUUCCCGCACUCCUUGCACACCAAACGGCACCUUUUCGGUUUGGCGCUCCG